UCUCUCCCCCUCUACCUUUUUUUCUCUCUCUUUCUCUCUCUGUCUCCCUCCCUCUCUCUGUCUCUCUCUCUCCCCCGAUGCUAGCUGGGGUGUGCCUCUCAGGCAUAAGGACAGCGGGGGCUGGAUGGGAGGGGUGGGGUGGGGGUGGAGAACAGGGUGGGAAAUGUGAAACGUGUUGAGUGGAGCCAGUAGUAGGAAGCGGGGGGUCAGCGGUGAUGAAUGAGCGGGCUACACACACACACGUUCACUCUUUCAGAGCUGUCGCAGUCGCCGGCCAACGUACACACCCUAAUUCACUUCCCUCUGUUUUAACUGACGCCGUCCAGACACGCGUGCACGGCUCGCACGCACGCGCACAGUCGGUGUCGUCCGACUCAUGGCUCCCUGUGUCUCUUUGUGUUUUCCAGAGCAGAGAACCACACAGCAGGGCCAGGUCUACUUCCUCCACACCCAGACCGGGGUCAGCACCUGGCACGACCCCCGGGUGCCCAGGGACCUGAGCAACGUCAACUGUGAGGAGCUGGGCCCGCUGCCGCCCGGCUGGGAGAUCCGCAACACGGCCACGGGCCGGGUCUACUUUGUGGACCACAACAACCGAACCACGCAGUUCACCGACCCGCGGCUCUCCGCCAACCUCCACCUGGUGCUCAACAGCCCCAGUCCUAACGGUUCCCGCGUGGCUAUGGAGAGCCAGAACACUAACCUCAGCCGCCCGCCCCAGCUGAAGGAGCAGCAGCAGGCCCAGGCGCCCCCGCCGCCCCCCCCGCAGGCCCUGUCCCCGGCCCAGCUCCCGGAGGAGGCCGAGUGUCUGACGGUGCCCAAGUACAAGAGGGACCUGGUGCAGAAGCUGAAGAUCCUGCGCCAGGAGCUGUCGCAGCAGCAGCCGCAGGCGGGCCACUGCCGCAUCGAGGUCUGCCGGGAGGAGAUCUUUGAGGAGUCGUACCGGCAGGUGAUGAAGAUGCGCCCCAAGGACCUGUGGAAGAGACUGAUGGUCAAGUUCCGAGGGGAGGAGGGGCUGGACUAUGGAGGCGUGGCCAGGGAGUGGUUGUACCUGCUGUCCCACGAGAUGCUGAACCCGUACUACGGCCUGUUCCAGUACUCCAGAGACGACAUCUACACCCUGCAGAUCAACCCUGACUCUGCUGUCAACCCAGAGCACCUGUCCUACUUCCACUUUGUGGGGAGGAUCAUGGGCAUGGCGGUGUUCCACGGUCACUACAUCGACGGGGGCUUCACCCUGCCCUUCUACAAGCAGCUGCUGGGCAAGCCCAUCACCCUGGACGACAUGGAGUCUGUGGACCCCGACCUGCACAACAGCCUGGUCUGGAUCCUGGACAAUGACAUCACGGGUGUUCUGGACCACACCUUCUGUGUGGAGCACAACGCCUACGGGGAGAUCAUCCAGCACGAGCUCAAACCCAACGGCAAGAGUGUCCCCGUCACCGAGGACACCAAGAAGGAGUAUGUCAGGCUGUAUGUGAACUGGAGGUUCCUCCAUGGCAUCGAGGCUCAGUUCCUGGCCCUGCAGAAGGGCUUCAACGAGGUCAUCCCCCAGCACCUGCUCAAGGCCUUCGACGAGAAGGAGCUGGAGUUGAUUGUGUGCGGCCUGGGCAAGAUCGACAUCGGCGACUGGAAGUCCAACACGCGGCUGAAGCACUGCACGCCCGACAGCAACAUCGUCAAGUGGUUCUGGAAGGCGGUGGAGUCGUACGACGAGGAGCGCCGCGCCCGCCUGCUGCAGUUUGUCACCGGCUCCUCCAGGGUCCCGCUGCAAGGCUUCAAGGCUCUGCAGGGUGCUGCAGGACCCAGGCUCUUCACCAUCCAUCAGAUCGAUGCCAACACCAACAAUCUGCCCAAAGCCCACACCUGCUUUAACCGGAUCGACAUUCCGCCCUACGAGAACUAUGACAAGCUGUACGACAAGCUGCUGACAGCCAUCGAGGAGACUUGCGGCUUCGCCGUGGAAUGAGGGACGCAUCGGGCGGGAGGAGAGUGUGUGUGUGUGUGUGUGUGUGUUUGCGUGCGUGCGUGUGUGGCGUCAGUGUGGCACGGCUGCCGCGGACUCUGCUGUCACCACAAGCCACCAUGCCCCCCCCCUCCCCGCGAAGGGACACCGCCACAUUCAGCCACGCCCACCAGGCCCGGCGACCACGCCCCCUCCUGCCGGUCUGCAGCUCUCUUCACCUGGAGAAACAGGACGCCGUGUCGAGGGGGAGGGGCCUGUGUCGAGGGGGAGGGGCCUGUGUCGAGGGGGAGGGGCCCACGCUCGUCUCCCUCUCUUCCCAUUCUUCCUUUUUUUAUAUCAAAUGUUUUCAGCUGCUACAGACUUGAUUUACCUUGAAUCCCUGCAAGAACGCCUGCAACUUUUUUCUUUUUUUUUUGGUGAUUUUAAUUUGUUUUGUUUUUCUUUUGUGUAAUAGCUUAUUUUAGUGCUAAUGGUAAAAGACAAGAACUGUUUUGAGUUGGGUUGACUUGACAUUCGUUUUGUUGUCGUGUGUGAUAGUCCAAGUCCAGCCUGCAGUGAUUAUUAGAGUAGCCGGUCUCUGCUUGCUCUGGUCAGAGAGAGAGAACUGAAAUGUGAAGGCCCCCCUUUGUGCAAACAAGCUACAUCGAUCACCAACUAGCCAUAUCUUGCCCAUGGUAGCCACUCUAACCUCAACCAUCCCCUUGAUCCUUCCCAUUUGCACGAAUGCAUCCACAAACACAGACAUAUUUACACCUCAAACACACACACACACACACACACGUAGAAUGGAAGAUGGCUGCUUCUCUCACAGAUGUAAAAACUGCUUUGUCAUUUCUGUUCCAGCAAGCAGAGACAGUGAAGGUUAGAACUGAUGCCUACCAUUAGUACAUAGCCUUUUAAUCUGAUCGGUGUCAUCGAAAAUCCCUCCGAUCCAAAAGCUCUUUAGCGGGCUGUUUUGUGGCAUUUCAACGUCAAACCGAGUCCAGCUGAAGUGGGGUGGAGGUUGUUGUGAGGGGGAGGCUGACUGAUAUGAAGGCAAACGACCGCCCGACUCGUCCUCCACAGCAUCACUAUUGCAUCAUCCACCUGUGUGUGUGUGCAAGAUGGAGUUCCGUUGGAAAAAAACGAAACAACAACAAAAAACAUGGGCUGAUCAUCCGGCCUACCGAAGCGCUCUCCUGUUGCUAGGAAACGUGGUAUUCGCUUUGUGCUCGAGCGUUAACUGCGCCGCCGCCGUCGCCUAAAGCCUGUAUACCCGGGCUGAAUCUCAAUAAUUUGGCUGUCUCCCCCCCCCACCCCCCCUCCCCCUUCAGGAAGCAGCCACCAUUUUGACUCCACCUUUUGUCGAGUGCAGAUGAAGCUUGGGGGGGGGCUACUGGAGGAAGUGAGGUCACAGCGUAAAGACUCCCCCCCCCCCCCCCCCAGCGGCUCCCAGGGGCCAGGUGCAGGCGGAGCGCUUCAAAGCAAUUUGACAGGAGCAUGUCUGCAUUUCCUGAGCGACUGACACCCACCUUCAAAGGGGGGGGGGGUGAGGGGGGGAGAACAGUUUCCUUCUCUCCUUCCCUCUUUAGAGCACUUUAUUAACUCCACUGGCGAGCGACAGGAAGUGCUUUCUUCACAUUUAGAGAGAAAAAAGAGACAAAUAUACUUUGUUUUAUUCCAACCAUUAACAGUGGAAAUAUACAGGAAAAACGAAAAGUAUAGAUAUAUAUACACCUGUAAUUAUGAGUAUAUACAUGUACAAAUAUAUACUUAUUUUGUAUAUGGCUUUGUCCCGUCUGUUUUGAUGGCGUGCCAGCAUGGCGGGUGUCCCAGACCUCUCUGCAUUCUCAGGUGACGUCAACGUCCUGUCUUUGACCUUUACGAGGGCCACAUGUGAAGGGGGGGGGGAGGGGGAAGUGAACCGACGCAAGCUCCCGUCGAGAGUCCAACCUGUGACCCUCUCCUUGAGGGAGAGCCGAGGGCGUGACCUCCCCACCACCCUGACCCCAGGCUGGGACCAUCGCUCUCCCCCCCACCCCAUCUUGAGUCUCCACCUCCAGCCCUGCAUGAAUGGACUUCUAAAGCGUGUAUUUAUUCGCAAUUAUUUGUCCCAACAAGCGAAAUGUGUGUUGACUUGCGAAAAUUCUGGUGAAUGUUGUUUUUUUCCUUUUUAUAAAUAUAUAUAUAUACACAUAUAUAUAUAUAUAUAUAUUAUCUGCCUGUCAAAUAGCAAUCGACUACGACCAUGGACUGUUCUUGCUGAAACUUCACACACACGGACCCAUCUCUCACUCUCUUUCCAGUGUUUUUUUCUUUUUUUACGGUGAAGCCGUAGCUUCUCCAGAGAGAAUAUUGAAGUAUCUUAAACGGUGCUUUUUGUACAGCACAGACUAUUGGUCACAAGUGACUCAUGACACAAUUUACCUUUUCACCUGACCAGAACACAGAAUAAAAAUGCAUUAAACUAGACUUUUUGGGUUUUGUUUUUGCAAACACGCAGACUUACGAUUUGCGAGUUAUAAUCAGAAACAUCCUUCGAUUUACCAAAUAGUUAAUGGACUGAUUGACUUUUUUGGUGUAGAUAUCCAGUAUAUAAACACACACACGUUGUAUGCACACUUUAACAUGUCCAGUUCACACACAUGGUUUUCUGUCCCGCUUGUGCUAUUUGCGUCUUAACAUCGUGGACUUUUGUGGAGAUAAUGGAACUAGAGUGUCUGGAUGGAAGAGGGGACUGUGUUGUGUGUCUGGAUGGAUGAAAGAGGGGACUGCAUGGACUGUGUUGUGUGUCUGGAUGGAAGAGGGGACUGCAUGGACUGUGUUGUGUGUCUGGAUG